AUGUCGCUUUUGGCGGAGCCGCGUCGUAGGCAGCGACUAAGUGUGGAUCCUCAGAACGUCCAAUGGAAAAACGAUGAUCAGAAGAUCUCACGAAAGCUGAUGGAACGGAUGGGAUGGUCCGACGGUGAUGGCCUGGGCAGGAAUCGCCAGGGUAAUUCCGCGAAUGUGAAACUGAAGGCCAACUAUACUGGAAAAGGUCUUGGUGCUGACAAGCUAGCGUCGUACGAUAGCACUUGGAUCGGACAUCAUGAUGAUUUUGCUGACCUGCUUAGCGCUUUGAACAAAAAUAAGGAAAAGAAGGCAGAGACGGAAGAAGAAAAAGAGGAGCGAGCAAAGAAAAUCUCAUUGGGAUUAAAUAGCAAGAGCUUGAGAAGGAGGAUUCAGUAA